AGAAUCUGCAAAUUGCUUUCAGUUUUAUUAUACAAAGUACUUGACUCGCUAUUAUUUUGUUCCAAAUACCCUUACCUGCUACAUCAUCAUCUCAAAUAUACAUCUGGACAAAAACCAACCAUCACCAAAGCUUUUACCUGACGCCAGACGUUAAACGGAACCUCCCUCUUCUCACCCCACAUUACAACUUUAUUGUCUCUCAGAUAUACAGAGCAUUAUUGCAAAAAUGGCGACACAAUCGGUAUCAUAUGUCCAAAAUUUGGCAAAAUACAUGUCACUGGACCAGAAGGGCUCCAUCAUGGCAGAGUACGUCUGGAUUGAUAGUGAAGGUGGCGUCCGCUCAAAAUCAAGGACCCUCAAGGAACAAAAAUACGAACCCAAGGACCUGCCGACGUGGAACUUUGACGGGUCCUCGACGGGUCAGGCGAUGGGCGACAACUCGGACGUGUUCCUCAAGCCCGUCGCCGUGUACCCGGAUCCGUUCCGCGGCGAGCCCAACAUCAUCGUCCUGGCCGAGUGCUGGGACUCGGACGGCACGCCAAACAAGUUCAACCACCGCCAUGACGCCGCCAAGCUGAUGGAGGCUCACGCCGAGCACGAGCCCUGGUUCGGACUCGAGCAGGAAUACACCCUCCUCAGCCUAGAAGAUAGGCCGUUUGGCUGGCCCAAGAACGGCUUCCCCGCGCCACAGGGACCGUAUUACUGCGGUGUCGGUGCCGGCAAGGUUGUGCAGAGGGAUAUCGUAGAGGCCCAUUACAAGGCGUGCUUAUAUGCAGGCAUCAAGAUUUCCGGGACCAAUGCCGAGGUCAUGCCGGCACAAUGGGAGUUCCAGGUCGGCCCAUGUGUUGGAAUUGAGAUGGGUGACCACCUCUCAGUAGCUCGCUUCCUCCUGCACCGCGUGGCAGAAGAGUUCGGAGCCAAGGUCUCGUUCGACCCCAAGCCCAUCCCGGGCGACUGGAACGGCGCGGGCCUGCACAGCAACUUCUCGACCAAGGAGAUGCGCGUCGAAGGCGGCAUGAAGCACAUCGAGGCCGCCAUCAAGAAGCUCGAGGGCAGGCACAAGGAGCACAUUGCCGUCUACGGCGAGGGCAACGAGAAGCGUCUCACGGGCUCUCACGAGACGGGCAGCAUCGAGGAGUUCUCGUACGGCAUCGCAAACCGCGGCGCCAGCGUCCGCAUCCCCAGGGAGUGUGCUGCAAAGGGCUACGGUUACUUUGAGGACCGCAGGCCCGCGAGUAAUGCGGAUCCUUAUCAGAUUACCGGCAUUAUUAUGGAGACCUGCUUUGGUGCAGUGAACUAGAUGAUAGCGUUGUUUGGUUUCUUGUUUUACAUGUUUUUGAGCAAGGAGGUUGGCCUAUGGCAUUUCUGAAAUAAAGCAAUCGUUAGAUGCACUAUUACCCCCAAAGAAACAUUACAGAAC